AUGAACGCAAGACUCGUUGCGUGCAGGCAGGCGCCGAUGCCUUUCUGCAGAUCCCUUCGGCUGAAGGGAGCGGCGAGAUAUGUCAGCACCACGUCGGCCAAGACACAGACCUUAUCUCCAACAGCACCGCGGACAUUCACGCCGACCCUGAAGAAAUCACCCUUAUCUAGACUUUCAACAAAGGCCCUGGUCCGGUCACUAUUCCUCACACAAUUCAUGUCAACGCCACUUCUCAUGAAGCCAGCACUACCUCUACUGCACUUUAUCGCUAACACAAAACUCGCACUUUUCAACCCCGAUAAGAACCCAUUGCUGAACCGACUAUUGAGAUGGACUAUCUACGACCAUUUCUGUGCUGGAGAGAACAUUCCUCAGGUUUCAAAGACUGUUUCUGAAGUGAAGCGGAUGGGAUACCAGGGUGUCAUUCUCAACUACGCAAAGGAAAUCGUUCUGGAUAAGAAAGCGGCCGCGGCGGAAGCGAAAGCUGGAGAGUACGCACCAGAGGUUUACCAGAUGGUUGACCAAUGGAAGAAGGGAAACCUCGAAACUCUCCAUAUGAUGGCGCCGGGCGAUUUCCUGGCUGUCAAGAUUACUGGCGCUGGUCCCAUCUCUGUAGAUGCAUUGAAGGCGAAAGCACCCAUCCCGGAAGUUUUGAGCAAGGCUUUGGACGAACUCUGCGAGGAAACCAACAAGCAAGGAUCUCGUCUCUGGAUCGAUGCCGAGCAACAAGCCCUUCAACCCCAAUUGGACGAGUGGACUAUCGACCUCAUGAGAAAGCACAACCGCCAGAGCAAGCCUUUGAUCUACAACACUAUUCAGGGCUAUCUCAAGGGCUCCAAGGCUAAUUCCGAGCGUCACAUUUCCCUGGCCGCGAAGGAGGGCUGGAGCUUGGGAGUCAAGUUGGUCCGCGGCGCAUACAUCGAGAACGAAGUCCGAUCCCUGAUCCACGACACCAAGGAAGAUACCGAUAAGAACUUUGACGACAUCGCCGACAUGUUCAUCAGCCAGAGACUCCCUCAAGACGCCAAGGAGUGCCAGUUCCCCGCUAGCGCGCUCUUUCUCGCUACCCACAACGCCGCCAGCUCUGCGACAGCGAUCUCUACCCACCGCCGCAGAAUCCUAGACGGCCAAGCCACGACUGAGCUUGAGUGCGGUCAGCUGUUUGGUAUGGCGGAUGAAUUGAGCUGUGAGUUGCUGGACAACUACGAUACCUGUGUGGCAGACUCUGGGUUGAAGAGAGAUGCUAUCCCCAAGCCGUUCAAGUAUCUCCCGUGGGGUUCGGUUUCAGAGUGCAUGGGAUACCUGCACAGAAGGGCGGUCGAGAACAAGGGAGCUGUCGCGGAGAGCGCUCACAUGCUUGGCUCAUUGAAGAGCGAGCUGAGACGCCGGGUCUUUGGUUGA